GCGGCAAGGGGAGCGGGCAGGGGGCGGGGCGCGCUCGGGAGCGAACCAAUCAGCGCCCGCCGCGCUCUAUAAAAGGCGGCGCCGCCGGAGCCGCCUCAUUCGCGCCCCUCGCAAUGUCCGAGACCGCGCCCGCCCCCGCCGCUGAGGCAGCGCCCGCCGCGCCCGCCGCCAAGGCCGCCGCCAAGAAGCCGAAGAAGGCGGCGAGCGGCUCCAAAGCCCGCAAGCCCGCGGGGCCCAGCGUCACCGAGCUGAUCACCAAGGCCGUGUCCGCCUCCAAGGAGCGCAAGGGGCUCUCCCUCGCCGCGCUCAAGAAGGCGCUGGCCGCCGGCGGCUACGAUGUGGAGAAGAACAACAGCCGCAUCAAGCUGGGGCUCAAGAGCCUCGUCAGCAAGGGCACCCUGGUGCAGACCAAGGGCACCGGCGCCUCCGGCUCUUUCCGUCUCAACAAGAAGCCGGGAGAAGUUAAGGAAAAAGCCCCGAAGAAAAGGGCGCCUGCAGCCAAGCCCAAGAAGCCGGCGGCCAAGAAGCCCGCCAGCGCUGCCAAGAAGCCCAAGAAGGCGGCGGCGGUGAAGAAGAGCCCCAAGAAGGCCAAGAAGCCGGCGGCAGCAGCGGCCAAGAAAGCAGCGAAGAGCCCCAAGAAAGCCGCCAAGGCAGGGCGCCCCAAAAAGGCAGCGAAGAGCCCGGCUAAGGCGAAGGCGGUGAAGCCCAAAGCAGCCAAGCCUAAAGCAGCCAAACCCAAAGCGGCCAAGGCGAAGAAGGCAGCGCCCAAGAAGAAGUAAAUUGUACCAGGAGAGUUUUGUUCUACAUACUUUGUUAUCCAACGGCUCUUUUAAGAGCCACCCACACUUUCCCUAAAGGAGCUGAUGCACCCGGGUCGUCCGUAACCUGCAGCAGGGGUCCAGCAAUUCGUAAGUCGUCAAGAGGUCAAUUGUGUCUUGUGUUUUUUGUUCCCUAGGAUUACCGAAAGAUAAUACUAAAGAACGCGGUAGAGCGCGGCGGCUUUAGGGAAGUGUAGACUUUUGUUUUCCCUCCGAGUGAUUACUUUUGACUACCAAGAAACAAUGAUUUGAUAAAAAAUCGGAUGUAUGUUUUUUUUAAAAGAUAUAUUUUGUAACAAAAUAAUGCAAUUGCCAGGCACGCUACUACUGAGCCACGUCUAAUAUUUUGAAUUUAAAAGUUUCUCCGAAAAUGCCUUUGUCUGUUCGGGGGGAGGAGGGUAGGGUUUCUUUACGGACACAAAAUCAGCCGUGGUCUCUCCCAAUCCUUUUGUUCCCGAUGAGAAAGGAAAAGCUUUAAGAAUUGAAAAAGCCCGCCCUACUCAAGGAUUGGCCAGCGGAAAGCUCGGCCCGCUGCCUUUCCCCCUCCCUUCCCGCAGACGAGCACGCCUCUUACCUCUGGAACUGUAUCAGCCGUUCGGAGAAGAGAGGCGGAAAAGGGGGGGAAGAGACAGAAACUCACAGAAGAACUAGACGAAAAAUAUCCCAUACCGUGAAGAACUUGCAUGGGGAGGAGGGCAUUGUGGCACGACUUUGUUAACUAUAUGGAAAACAUUGCUACCAUAUCCAACCAAAAAUAAAGACAAGUUUAAACACGGGUUGA